AAUUUUCUGCAUAUAAAGGUGAAUAGUUGUGAGAAAGUUUCAGUUUAUUCCUGGUUCCACCAUGGGUCGGUUUAAGCAUAUUAUCCUGCUGAUCAGCAUUGCAGUCUCUCUAUCCAGUUCUGUUCCUGUAGCUUACAACGAGAAAAACCUGUCAGAAAACGACGAUUCUCAAAAAGAUGUUGCAGAAAUAAUUGAAAGUGUAAAUGAAAAGGUGGAUAAGAUCCUAUUUGAAGGUGAUAUAAUCCUGGGUGAGAAGAACAAAGAUGUUGAUGGACCACAAGAAGGAAACGAAAAGAGAAACGCUCAAAGAGAUCGAAAAUAUGUUUGGGAAUCCAAAGUUGUUCCUUAUGUCAUUGACCAGACCUUGAGAAGUCCAAAUGACGAUGGACCAGUAAUUCAGGAAGCCAUUGAAGAAUUCCACAAGCAUACUUGUGUCAAAUUUGUCCCUCGCACAAGUGAAAAAAAUUGGAUCAAUUUUGUUAAGAAAUCCGGGUGUUAUUCAAGCGUCGGUAAAAGGUACUGGAGAAGUGGGGGACAAGAUGUCUCAAUUGGCCAAGGCUGCGCUUACAAAGGGAUAAUUAUGCACGAACUACUUCACGCACUGGGCUUCUGGCACGAACAGUCCAGACCUGACAGAGAUCAAUACGUGAGAAUCAUGUGGGAAAACAUUAAACCAGGAAAGGAGCAUAAUUUCAACAAAUAUAACCAUGGAAGGAUUGACAGACUGAAAGCGACGUAUGACUUAGGCAGCAUCAUGCAUUAUGGGAAAUACUCAUUUUCCUCGAACGGCAAACCCACAAUAGAGGGCAUCAGCAAUCCAAACCAGCAGCUGGGACAAAGAAAUGGGUUUUCAAAAACUGAUAUCUUCGAGGUCAAUGCACUGUAU